AGUGACGGGCGGUACAGGGAGGGUGGGGGGAGUGUUGGUUUCCCAGCAAGCAGCGCGCCGGUGACAUAAGGCUCCAUACUGCGGGAGGCGGAGACACAGACACCGCUGACUCUGAGACUAGUGAUCGCUGUUUUGCCGUCGCCGCUACUGUUGCUAUAUCUACCCGCCAUCCGGCCAUCACACCGUACCCGCCGCUGUCCUAUCACUGUGACCGGGCACACACCUGCAGGGCGAGCACCGUGCUAUAUAUAUAUAUAUCAUCCAUUACAGCCAGCCAGGCCGCUACUCGCCGUGUCACUGACAGGUCCGGGCAAGUCCCAUCUCCCCGCACUCUCAGUCCCUCCUAUUCCGUUUCUGUCCCGCACCAGCCUCUCAGACCCGACUAUUCCGCACCUGCCCGGCACCAGCCCGAGCCUGAAUGAGAAGAUGGAGCAAGUGGGGAUCAUAACACCCGAGACCCGGCCGAGCCCUUGGGGUUUAGCUGCAAAGCCUGUAAGUCACUGCUCUCUAGCAGAGGUCAUGAGUGAGGAGCUGGCCAGAGAACUCCAGAUAGAGGAAGAGAGCCAUGUACUCCCACAGGAAGCACUUUUGGAUGAUGGACCUUUCUUAACUGGGGAGAACAUUGAUACAUCGAGUGAUGAAGUGUUGGCUCAGAUGCUGCAAAUACAGUUUGACAAGGAAUAUGAUGCUCAACUGAGUAGAGAGGAGAAGAAAUUUAAUGGUGACAGUAAAGUUUCCAUAUCCUUCGAAAACUACCGCAAGGUACACCCUUCUGAGGACAGUGAUAGUUCAGAGGAUGAAGUGGAUUGGCAGGACACACGCCAUGACCCAUACAAAGCCGAUAAGCCCACCGUAACCCCUAAGAAGGGCUUUGUAGGAAAAGGGAAAGAUAUUACAACUAAACAUGAUGAGGUGGUUUGUGGAAGGAAGAAUACGGCUCGCAUGGAAAAUUUUGCACCUGAGUUUCAGGUUGGAGAUGGAAUUGGAAUGGAUUUGAAGUUGUCCAACCAGGUUUUCAAUGUGUUAAAGCAGCACUCUAUUUCUGAGCAGCGCAGGAGUGCCAGACUGCAUGACAAGAAGGAAGUCUCUACUUCUGAGAAAGUAGUGGACCCGAAGACCAGACUGCUGUUGUAUAAAAUGGUGAAUGCAGGAGUGUUGGACAAUAUCAAUGGCUGUGUGAGCACUGGGAAAGAGUCUGUUGUUUUUCAUGCUAAUGGAGGAAGUAUGGAAGAGCAGGAAGUGCCUUCUGAAUGUGCCAUCAAAGUAUUCAAGACCACCUUGAAUGAGUUCAAGAACAGGGACAAAUAUAUAAAGGAUGAUUACAGAUUCAAGGAUCGUUUUAGCAAGCUGAAUCCACGCAAGAUCAUUCGUAUGUGGGCAGAGAAGGAGAAGCACAACUUAAAGAGAAUGGCGAAAGCUGGCAUUCCUUGUCCAGAAGUGGUCAUGUUAAAGAAGCAUGUCUUGGUCAUGUCCUUUAUUGGAAAGGAUCAGAUGCCUGCUCCCACUCUAAAAGAAGCAAAGCUUGGUCUGGAGGACUCUAAAACUGCUUAUUAUCAGGUUCUUGCUAUGAUGAAACAGCUCUUUGACGAGUGUAGUCUAGUUCAUGCAGAUCUGAGUGAAUAUAACAUGAUGUGGCAUGAUGGGAAGGUGUGGCUUAUUGAUGUAAGUCAAUCUGUGGAGCCUACUCACCCCCAUGGACUGGAGUUUCUAUACAGGGACUGCAGAAAUGUGUCCCAGUUCUUCCAAAAAUGUGGUGUUUCUGAAGCCCUAAAUGAACGGGAACUCUUUAACAUGGUAUCUGGUUUGAAUAUUGCUUCUGAUAACCAAGCGGACUUCAUGGCAGAGAUUGAAGCUCUGGAGAAAGUGAAUGAAGAUCAUGUUCAGAAUCAUGGAAAGAAGAUUUCUGAAUUCCAGAAAGAUGAUGAUGAUGGCCCUCCCAGAUUAUAUGAUGAAUAACCCUAGUGGGAUGCUUGCACUAAGAAUAAAUAAAGCAAAAAAGUUGCAGAGAAAUCGGUUGCUGUGUUCCGACAGCAUUACUGCAGUGGUUAAUGCCCCUGCCUAAUGCAGGUUCGAAACGCUGAACCAGACCGCCACGCACCCUAGAGAACACUGUUCCUAAUAGUGUAUGUCAUCUGGUUAUAACCUGCAUACAAAGUGAGACCGAAAUGGCACCAGCUGCAGAUACUGCUGUGCAUGGUUUUUAACUUUAGCUAAAAUGUUUAACUCUUUCUUCAAGUCAUGGGGCAUGAAGCAAAUGGGUUAAAUAGAGUGCUGUGUGUUUAGGGUGACUGGCAAAAAAAAAAAUUAAGAAAAAAAAGGCUUAAUUUCUUUGAAGAUCUUGCAAACCAGAUGGGAUUAAUGAUGACGACGCUGUCAAUGUUUAUGAUGUCAUUUUAUUCCAUACAGUUUAAGUGUGAUCUUAUUUCCACAUAAAGUGUCAUGGGAGAAUAUCCAGAAACCUUUCCAGAUUUGUUUGAACAUGGAUUAAUGUAACUUGUUGUAUUGCCAUUGUAGUGGGCUAUAGGAUGUGGUGCCAGAUGCACAUGUAUUUCUGUCACCAAGCUACAUGAUGUAGUAGACUCUCUAUUAUCCAUAUUAGGUUUUUAAAUAAAACCUGACUUGUUGCUUAUCUCUGCAGAAGCAAGCAGUGUUUUAUCUGGCUAGAAUGGGUGCCUUUGCUUGUUUCUCUCAAAGUAAAGCAAUAAUCUGAUACAAGGAAAUGGCGUUUAAUAGUAUCUUUAUUACAAUAUUUUAUAAUCCCUACUAUAUGGAUGUUUGGUUAGUAACUGUGUAGUCAUUAAUCGGAUAGGUCAACUAAUCAAGUUGCUGAUCCAGUGCUCUAAUAAGAUGAUUGAAAAAUAAAGCAUCAUGGAUUCAG